AUGACCAGCUGCCGCCACCAUUCCGGAUACUUGGCAGACGACGAGGCCGGCCACACCACCUACGUGGCCCGGGUAAGUCCGCCUAAGAAGCCACUGUUCCCGGAAAUGGGGCAAGCCUCCAAGCUGGGCCACAUGCCGCACCCACCAUCGAGGUACACCCCCACAGACAGCUUAAGGCUCCGUGGCCACCAACGAAACCCAAGGGACCCUCGGCCCUUUGGUAGCUUCCUGGAUUUCCUCGUCGAGGGUCAGGUGCUAGACAGCCUACAGACGGUGGUGGAAGAGGCAACUGAGCGCAUGACCACUAUGAAGACAGAGGCUGGGGUGCCACUGGUGGAGGUGCAGGACCCGAUAGAGGUGCCGAGGGGUGGGCGGCGGGUGCGCGCCCGGCCCAGCCUCAGUACCGCGCACCGGCACCGGGCCCGGCCCAGCCUCUGCACUGGGUGGCCCAACAACUACCCAUCCUCCUCCAGUUCCACGUCUGACUGCCAUAGCAGCUUCACAGCUGGCUGGCUGGGCUCCCACGGCCAGGACAGUGACCUGGGCACCCGUGGCAAGGGCUCACUGCCAUCCAUGAGGGACAGGCUUUUGCUGGAGAAGAACCUCAAACGGCUGCUGAAGCUGGAGAACAGAGGGAAAGGCCUGGGUCAGUCCUGCUUCCGGAGGGACUCCCUGCUGUGGGACUCACUGGGCAGCCAGGCCAGCAGCCAGUGGACCCAGACCCAGGAGCCACCUGUGUCCUGGUUCUCAGGCCUGCUGGACUCAAGCACAGGGACACCGCAAACAUCAGAGCCCGGGCCUGGAGAACAGGAACUGACCUUCCUCAAGCGAGGGUUUGAUAAGGAGAUCAAGUCCUUGUUGAGCCAGCCAGCGUCCUUUGACCUGCCUGGCUACUGUUCAUUCCGUGAGCCCUAUCAGACCCUGGACUUCCUGGCUGAGCACCACCUCUUCCCUGCCCUGCAGAGUGUGGUCCGCCAGGCUGUGGACAAGCUCAGUGGAGCCUGCCGCCAUGAUGGCUGCCCUCUCUUCCCAUCAGAAUGGGAGCCCCCAACAGAGCCCAAUUCUGACUCCACAACAGGCUCCAAGCCAGCCACACCCACCGACGGGGAGGAGCCGUACGAUGUGCUUCCCACCCAAGUCUCCAGCUCCAAGAUGAUUCGAAGAAAGAGCACCAAGGGCAGAGGACGGGCCCAGCCCAAGGAAGGUGGUUCCCCUGUGUCUAGUACCCAAGUGGCCACCAGAUUCAGGAUCGAGAGCCCCAAUUACAAGUUCAUGAGGAAGAAGCCACUACCCUCCAUCUCCUCCAAGUCUACCAUAUCCCACCUCUCCAACCCCUUGUACGAGGAGCUCGUCAGCUACUUGGUGGAGCAGGUCGUGUCCUUGCUCAUCUACAAGUACAAGUUCGAGAAGAACCUCUCCAAGCAGCUGGGCUUCAUCUCCUUCCCUGUCACCGAGACGCUCAUGGACCUCUUCCUGGGCUUCAGGAAGGUGAAGGGCUCCCACAUCUGCCUGUCCUCAAAGAUCGACUGGAGCUGUCUGCUGCGCAGGCUGGAGGAGGCCGAGUGGGCCCGGCAGCUGUCCAGACAAGCAUCCCAGCACAGCAGCACGGAGUCCCUCUCCAUGCUGCUGGAGCCGGCCACCCAAGCGGAUCAGGAGGCGGCCACGGAGUCCAGCUUCGACAGUGAGUUUCCCGAUUCUCAGUUGCUCGCGGCUCAGGAGGAUACUACAGCCGAGGAGCAGGAACCCGCGAGCCAGCAAGAGCCCAAGCCCUCCGUGUUCUCCGGCCCGGGCGUGGGCUCUCAUCAGCGUCAGGAAGUAGUAGACAUGGACAGUCAGAGCGAUGAGGAGGAAGAGGAUGAGCAGGAGGAGGAGGAUUUCUUAGGGGACAAUGGCCCAUCCCAGAGCUCCCCCGAGCCUCAAGUGGAGAUGGGGCUCAGCCACUCCACAAACGUGGGCCGCAGCGACCCUCCGUGA